GUUUUCCUCGUUACAACUUUCUGAAACCUAUGCAUCUUCUAUAGAUGUGUUGGGUUUUGGUCUUCAAUUAUCAUCAUUUCCAUUCUCGUUCAAUGUCACACCGUAGCUUGUCAUUUACCAGAAGUCUUGCCACGAAAGCAAAGUCUACGAAGAAGAGUACUUCUUCCACAGCUUUAACAAACUUGCCUUCAGGUUGGGAGGCUUUAAAUUAUUUCAAGGAAGGCAAACCACCAGAGUUGAAGGAGGACAAGGAAUAUCCAGAUUGGCUAUUUUCCCUCAAGUCCCGUCGAGCAACGUUAGAAGAUCUGAUAGAGAGAGUAAACAAGUUCUAUGCCCAAGGUGGUGUUGAUGCAGUUGCAGAGAAUAUUCCCUGGUCUGAAUUGCGGAGAAUGUUCCGUCUUGCAAAUAUCCGACGAAUAAGGAGACAAAAUAAGGAGAAGGCCGAGGAAUUUUAAGCCUCGUGUUGGCAACAUAAUU